CGUGAGCAGGCGUGACCCCGCCCCUCCGCUUCCUGCGCGAGCUGCGCCGCUUCACCCGUUUUUUUUUUUUUUCUUUUUUUUUUUCUUACCGCCUUCAAAACUCGCGUGCGUCAUUAACGGCGGCACGUAACGCGGGAGCACCGGUGAGUAGGAGACCGUGAUCACGUCGAGCAGGAGGAAUAUGCGGCGACUGCCUCAGUCCGGCGACGCGCCACUGUCACCAUGGCGACCCCUUUGACCCCUGACCUCUGACCUUCUGCUGAAGAUGGCGACCCAGAGGAGGCACCUGGUGAGGGACUUUAACCGCUACAUCACCUGCUCCGUGUGCCGGGGUUACCUGAUCAAACCCACCGCCGUCACCGAGUGCCUCCACACCUUCUGUAAGAGCUGCAUCGUCCAACAUUUUGAGGAAAGUAACGAGUGUCCUGAAUGCGGCAUUCAAGUCCAUGAAACCAAUCCUCUAGAGAUGCUGAGGUUGGAUAAAACGUUGGAGGAAAUCAUCUUUAAGCUGGUGCCUGGUCUGAGAGAGAAGGAAGAACAACAGGAAAUGGAUUUCUGGAGGAAAAAUAAAUCCAGAGCUAAUGGGGAAGAAGGUCCGAGGGCUAAAAGAUCUCGUGUGAGUGAGGAAGAGGAGGACAGAGAGGAAGGUGAAGGAGGUGAUUAUCACAGGAACGACCCACAGAUCGCCAUCUGCCUCGACUGCCUGAGGAACAACGGCCAAUCAGGAGAGAGCACAGUGAAGGGUCUGAUGAAGAAGUUUAUCCGCUGUUCCACUCGUGUCACCGUCGGUACCAUUAAGAAGUUUCUUUGUGUGAAGCUGAAGUUACCGAGCUCUUAUGAGCUGGAUGUUCUGUGUAACGGGGAGAUCAUGGGGAAGGACCACACCCUGGAAUUCAUCUACCGAACCCGCUGGAGACUGCAGGGCGACACAGAGUACCCCAUGGUUCUCGAGUAUCGUCCUCGCAUCGACUUCGGUUAAAACCCGAACCGAGCUGCAGUGAUGGACAGAUGAAAGAGAGAGAGAGAGAGAGAGAGAGAGGACUAAACAGACAGCAAUGGACACUUCGCUUCUCUCAUUCAACUUCCUCAUCGUUCAUCCAUCACUUAUUCCUGAGUGACAGGUCCUGGCUCCGCCCCCGUCACACACAACUAUUUCUCCACGGAUGGAAAAAAACAUAAAGCACUUCGGAAAUGCACUUCUGGCAAGUUUGGAAAGAAAGCGUGUGCGUGAAUGGCGUCUUCCAUUUUUUAUAUUCCUGAAGACGAAGGAAAGACGGAAAGAUUUGGAAACGUAAAUGAACAAACGUGCCUCUUUUGUACACACACACACACACACACACACACACACACACACACACUGGGGAAAAAAUGAACCUCUUUAAAAAUGCACUUAGUGGAAAGAAAGAUGGCGGCCGAUUUGUUUUGAAACUUUUUUAAACUUUUUUUUUGGAAAAUUUGCUAAUUCUGGUGGUAACAAUGAACAAAAUGGAGCAGCAGCCAGUUAGCAUAACGGACACGCAGUCAUAAGAGUCAUGCUAAAUUGGUUUCUACCAGCUUCCAUUCAUUGUUAGCCGUGUUAGCAUGCCCAGUUAGAGUCACUGGUUUGAAGCUCAUUUCAAUUCUAUGAUUUUUUAUUAUUAUUAUUAUUAUUAUUAUUGUUAUUUCUGAUAUUUAUGAAGCAACUCUCGUCCCAUAUCUGUAAGCUACGUCUACAAUCACGUACUCCACGUAGGGUGCGUCUCAAUCAGCUCGCUAGCUCCCCCGGUGGUGAAUCAGUAGAUCGUGUACGUGAGUUCGGGCACUAGGACCCUGAUCACUACACACUGUGACGCUGACGACUCCAUUUCUGUCACCAUGACGACGUACUCGCGUUGUAAAACGUCACCGCUGGUGUUUAUCACCAACAGGCAGGACCGAUAUCUUUCUGAUGUUAUACGUCGUAUAAAUUUGUUAGCUUAAUCACACGUUUCUGUCACGGUGCUUCAAGCAGGAUCGCAGGCUCGCUAGUGGAUUUAUUUAAAUCAUUAAACACUUAAAAAUCAUUAGAGUCGAACACACUGUAUACAGAACGUCAAAUAAAGUUAAAAAUCACUACCGUAAUAAUCAUCUGAGAGCCACAACAACGAUAACAAUCUACUAACGUUUGUAGACGAAGUUGGCUGAGAGUUCAUCUGCCAUUUUUUCUGAAAAUAUGACGUCAUUUCCUGUAAGCGAACGUAGCGAGCGUCGAUGCUCCCUGGUUUUUGAGGUGCAUUGUGGGAUUUUUUAGGGAGCGAACGUUCCAGUGCACUGGAAGGAUUUUGCGAUUGAGACAGAACUUAAAAUGGCCGCCUCCCUGAUCAGCCUCCCUGAAUACUGAACUAGCGAGCGGAUUGAGACGCAGCCACACUCUUAGUGUACUAGAUAGUCAGCUAUGUAGUGUACAGUGUAUGAAUAUAGUGCGUAAACACACACACACACACACACACACACACACACACGCUCCCAGGCAAGAUUCUUCAACAAUGAUUAUCAAAUAUCUAUGUUUGUAAAAUGAAGUGAAAUCUGGCUUACUUAAUCACAUCAUCAUCAUCAUCAUCAUCAUCAUCGUCAUCAUUAAAUUAACCAGCGGAGAAAAUGGAGAAAAAAAACCCAAAACAAAGUUGUAUUUUUGUAACUCGGUGAUUCACUUGUGUAAUGAUGAGAUUUGAUGUUUUUAUUAAUCAGAGAUGCUGCUGCUGCUGUUUAGAGUAAUUUAUUAUUCUAUUUUCAAAUAUAACUGUGCCCCUUCUCCUCUUUAAAACUGCACGUGACUGCCGUACGUGACGUGAUCUCUUUACUAUUCCAUUACUGUGAAGAUUAAAAACAUGGAAAAUGUCACAUGAUCGUUUCUCUUUUCCUGAAAUAAUAAUAAGCUUUAACAAACUGCUUUUUCGGUUAAUUGUUUGUCGUUGUUAUUAAUUAAACAACGACACAUUGCAUUUGUUUAUCUACUUAUAGUUACAUGUAAUACUCAGUGAAACGAGUUAGUUCCUGUUGUCGCUUACGUUAUAGCAGCUAUAAACACUCGUUCCCUCACCAGUCUCUCUUUAUUCUCUCUCUUCAGGUUAAUAAGACAAAAAAAUCGCAGCUUGUUACGCAUGUUAGCGAGAAACCGCAAAGAAGCGUAAACUCCUCUGUCCUGAAGAUGUCGGAAAUCUUAAAGUUACAGCUUUACCUCUGACUGUUACAAAGCGCUGACACUGGAGACUCCUUCCAUACAUGUUACAUAAACAUCUCCUUACCCUGGAGAAAAGUUCACCUUAUCAACGAUUACACACAAGCUGUUGCUAUAGAAACGAUAACGUAUCAGAACGAGUGCAUUAAUAUAAACCUGCGCUACUGUCAGAGCUGCUGUUCUAGAGAAUUAAUCAACACCUUCUGACCAAUCAGGAUCCAGAACUCAAAGUGCUGUGGUAUAAAAAUGAACUAACUUGUUUCAUGGAUGUUACACAACAUUAAAAUUAACUAUAAAUGGUUAAAAAAAAUAUGACGUGUUGCUGUUUAAUAAAUAAAAAAUUGUAAUUGUUGGUAAACUGCUGUGGUGUAAGAGGAAUAAAACACUUGGGGACGUGCUGUCACUCAGAAUUUUACUGUAACACACACAC